AUGGCUCCCAGGUGCGCCCAGGGCCAGGCCGUGUCCCUGCCCCACAGGGCCCUCGGGCUGGGGUGCUUGACAGGGACCCCCAGGUGCUCAGGCCUCAGCUCCCACAGCGCUGUGGCCUCUCCCUGCUGCAGGACUCCCCCCCCCGCCUUACCCUGGCACUCAACGCCCUGCCCAGCACAGGCGGGCGCUGUCCCUUUAAGGGGCGCGGCCGGCCCCCUUCCGGCCCCGCGCUACAGUGUUGCGGCCAUGAUCCGCGGCGCGGGCGGCGCGGGUUCGAGCCCCCGGCCCGUGCACUGCGAGCAGCUGCCGGCGGCCUGGGCCUCGCGGGCGCUGCAGGGCGGGCCCGGGGCGCUGCUGGACGGGGAGCUGGUGGCCGUGUCCCGCCACGCCGUGUCGGAGCCCGGCGGCAGGAGGGAGACAUACCACGUGCUGUACGUCCGGCCCAGCCGGAUCCAUCGCCGCCGCUUCGACCCCAAGGGCAAGGAGAUCGAGCCCAACUUCAGCAACACCAGGAAGGUGAACACGGGCUUCCUCAUGUCAUCCUUCAAAGUGGAAGCCAAAGGAGACACAGACCAGCUGUCGCUGGAGGAGCUGAUGGGGCUGGUGAAUAAGCCGGAGCUGGUGAAGGUGACGGGGUGCCACACGCCCAGCCAGACCGUGGCCUUCUGGCUGCCAGAGGCAGAGAUGAAGAAGAUGGAGCUGGAGCUGGGGACAGAAAUCCGGCUGAAAACCCGGGGUGAUAGCCCCUUUGUGUUCUCUCUAGCCAAGCUGGACGCAGGGACAGUGACCAAGUGCAACUUUGUUGGUGACAGUCAGGUCGGAGCUUCCUGGACAGACAACAUCCUGGCUAAGAAACCACAGGGGGGGGCAGCGGCUGAGCCCUGUGGGCAGGGGGACGGAGCAGAGGACGACGAGUGGGAGGACUGAGCGCGGAGGCUGCCGGAGGAAAGGGCUCCUCCGUUCCCUUCGCCGUGGGCUCGGCAGGCGCCGGGAGAGUGGCGGUGCUGCACGGAGGACCGUGGGCUCGGGCUGGCUGCGGGGCAGCGUCUUCGUCCGCCCCGAGCAGUGACACGGGCCCCGUAACGACCGCUAACGGCAGCAUCGCCACGGCUACCGCCGCUUCGUGGGCGAGCGAGGGGCUCCGGGCUCCGCGCCCCUUUCUCCCGCUCACUUUCGGGGUUUCCGUGACGCCAUCCCUGCGCUCAGGAAUUGUGCCUGCACCCGCUCGCCCGCGCCACGGGGAUGCUUGCCCCCUCCCCGUGGCGGAGGGGCCUGCCCCUCGUCUUCCCCAGACGCAGGAGCGGCGGUGCCCCCAAUAAAUGAUGUCAUGCGGU